UAAUCUCUUCGGUAGCAUACCACCAUUUUCAGGAUUGUCUUCGACUUUGAAUUUGGAGGAAACAGACACCUCUGCCGUGGGCCGUUAGCCAAAUGUGGUUAAAGGGAAAAAAUAUCCAAUUUUUUUUUUUUUUUAUUAAUGACACUUGGAGUCAGCUUAAAUUUCUAAAGCAACUACUGAACCUAAUUCCUAAGGUCACAAUAGAAAGAAAAUCCAUAAACACAUAUAUAGUUGGAAUCGCCUAUAGGGCAGGCAUUAAUAUGCAAAGGUUUCUUUCCAGCUGGGACAUCAUCCGCAACGUCAUCAUCUUUAGUUUAGGAAGUAGAUCGGAAGGGCAACGAAAGCUACCCGGUCAUCAUGGAUAAAACUACCACUCUUUAGUCAAUCAGACAAUGAAUUGGAGUGAAGAUCUUGAAUGCAAGAGUGAGUUUGUCUUCGCAGAAAAGAGCCUCUUCAUUGCAGCCAACCUGCGAUCACCUAUGAUAUGUUCAAACACGUGUAAUUAAGUGGUGGAACAGUUGAUAAUUAUAGUAAAUUUGUGAAUAUUCACAAGGAAAAAGACAAAAUAAUUCAACUAAUUAAAGGUUAAAUAUGCUUAGUAAGAUAUAACAAAGACUAAAGUCAGAAUUAAUAAUUGAAAAACAAAAAUGCUAUUAACCCAAAAAAUAAAAUAAUUUUGCGUGUGAGCCCCUGCUAUGAACUUUAGCAUAGUCGUUUUUCUUUGACCAUGAUGAAGACCCAUUUUAAUUUUGAUUUUUUGCUCAUCACGCGUAGACCUCCAAGCUUGGAAUGAAGUCUAUUUACUAAAUUAAUUCUCCCACGUGGUUGAUGAGUAAACUUAUCUCAUUAUUAAACUAAUUCUCCCAUUAUUAAAUACCUCAACUACUUGACUCCCUUGUAUAACUCAAAAGCAUUAUUGCACAGUUUCACCAUGGCUGAAUCUACAAAAGUUUUGCUCUUCACAUUGUUUUUCCUUUCAUUUUCAGGGGUUUACACUGUUACUGUAGCAGUAGUGGAAGAUCAUCCGAGGUGCUUACGAGAAUUGAAGGAUUCACUAAUUGAUCCAUUAGGAAGUUUGAAAUCCUGGAACACUUUAGACAGUAGCUCUGUUUGCGGAGUUGCUGGUGUCUCUUGCUGGAUAAACUCCGAUGAACGGGUGAUCAGCCUUGAACUUCAAGGAAAGGGGCUCAGUGGACACUUACCCGAUGCCUUAAAAUAUUGUUCUUUUUCUUUGCAUCAUCUUAAUCUCUCCGGGAACAGCUUAUUUGGUUCCAUUCCUUCGGAAAUUUGUAGUUGGAUGCCUUAUUUAGUAACCUUGGACUUGUCAAACAACAGUUUCUCUGGCUCUAUACCUGCUGAACUUGGAAAGUGCACUUAUUUGAACAACAUUAUGCUCAAUAACAACGAACUCACCGGAAAUAUUCCACAAGAAAUCUCUAGUUUAAGAAGGCUCAAGGUGCUCUGCUUGUCUAACAAUGAUCUUUCUGGUAGCAUUGCACCAUUUUUUCAGGAUUGAGUGUCUUUGAAUUUGCAGGAAACAGAGAUCUCUGCGGUGGGCCAUUAGCCAAAUGUGGUGGAAUUCAAAGGCUGUGGAAGCACUUAGCCAGUGUUGCUGCAGCCAGUUUUUUGCGUUAUAUUUUUGGGUUUCUUGUUACAUCUUUGUUUGUUUUCAUGGUGUGGCCCUGGUUGCUUACCAAAGCUAAAUGUAUCUUUCAUAAUCUGUUUGGACUUCUAUGAGAAUCACUUCAUUGUUUUGCUUUCCAAUCUCUCGGUCUAUUAUCCAAAAUUGCAGUAUGACACGAUUAUUAACUUAUGAGUUCUAAGCAAUGGUGAAUAGCUCGAUUUACGGGUUUCGUAUGAAGUUUGAAAAUGACUCCGCACUUCUAUUCAUUGAAGUUAAACAAAUGGACCACUGGCUUCUUUCUGUGUUCAUUUCACUAGUUAUUGUACAUGAUGAGAAGCAACAGAA